AUGCCACCAAAGAAAAACAAUCAACCUAAAAUAACUGCCUUUAUUUCAAAAAAGUCUUCUUCAACUAAUGAAUCAUCUUCCGAAGAGCCUUUAAAACUGUCAGAUCUACUACCACCAUCAUUAGCUUCAUUUGCAUCAUCAUCAUUAAUAGAACAAUCAAAGGAACAUCAUCAUGGAGAACAUAUACAAAUUGCAACAGAACAUCAAGAAACCUUUCAACCACCACCAUCAUCAUCAUUCUUAUCUGGAACACCAGGAUUAUCUUUACCUAAUAAUGAUGGUUCUUUAUUGUCACUAUUUGGAGGAGAAUACUUGACUGAAAUCAUUCCAAUUGAACAAGAUAAUCAACAUCAUCCAACAACACUUUUUGAAACUAAUAUUUCAAAAUCAUUGGAAAAUCAGAAUGCUCCAUUAAAUAUUAGUGAUCUUAUGAUGGAUGAUUUACAUAUUGGUGGAAUUGGUAGUGGAGUUGAUUCAACCCCAAGUUUGGAUGAAUUAAAGAAUCUUGAUAUUGGAAAAUAUAUUGAAGAACAAACAGGUUCAGCUACAAAUCAAGUACAAACAGCAAUGCAAAUUUGUAACAUUUUCAGAGAACCUGGUAAUCAACAAAAUUCAGAAUUGUUAAAACAAGCAACAAGUUCCUUGAUAGAUCAACAAGAAAAUGAAAGUGAUGAUGAUGAUAAUAGAAGUGUAAUGACAGAAUCAUCUCAAGUAACAUCUGAAAAUUAUAAAGGAGAUGAUUUUGAUGAAAUUUAUGGACCAGAUGAGGGUGAAGGAGAUUAUGAUUAUUUGGAUGAUAUCUUGAAAGGAAUGUUAAAAAGAAAAAAGAGAAAGAGAGCAAUGAAAUCUAAAAAAACUAGGAAAAAGAAGGAAGACAAAAUACCAAAAGAGGUUAAAGAAAUGUUAGGUGAAGCAAAUCUUGAAUUUAUUGGUGCAAAUUUUUCAAAAGCAGUUCAAAUUUUAUUAGAAGUUAUUCGUGUUUGUCCAAAUAUUUCUGAUCCAUAUCAUACACUGGGUCUUAUUUAUGAAGAAUUGGGUAUUUUAGAUAAGGCAACUGAUUUUUAUUUAAUUGCUGGUUUACUUUCACCAACAAAUUUAGAGUUUUGGAAUAGACUUUCAGAAUUAUGCAUCUCAACAAACAAACUUCAACUUGCUGCUUAUUGUUUGAGAAGAAUUUACUUAAUUGAUCCAAAGAAUUAUAACGCAAGAAUCAAACAAUGUGAACUUUUCAUGAUACUUAAUCAACCACAAAGAGCCAUUAAUGGAUACAAAUCACUUUUGAAACAAUUUCCUGGUGAUGUUCCAGUUGUAAUGUCAUUGGCAAAGAUUUACUAUGAACUUAAUAGAGUUUUUGAUGCUAUUGAUGUUUUACAAGAGGCAAUUUCUAGAGAUGAACAACGUGUAGAUUUAACUCUAGUGAACAUGCUCGCAGAGUUAUUCAUCAAUGAAGGUUGGUAUGAAAAGGCUGUCAAACUUAUUGAAAGAAUUAGUGUUCAACAAAAUUGUCCAAUUGAAAUUAUGCCACCUGAUAUUUCUUCAAAAUAUGCAAUUUCUCAAACCUAUUUAGGAAAGCUUUCUAAUGAAAAAGUUGAAAGUAUUUUUGAAGAUAUUUUAAAAUCACCUGUUGCAGAAUUUGGUGAUUUAUUUUUCAGUAUUGCAGAAAUGUAUUACGUUGUCAAUGAAUUUAGGAAAGCACUUAAUGUUUACUCACUACUUACAACAAGUGAAGUUUAUAAUAAGGCAUCAAUUUGGUUAAGAAUUGCUGAAUGUUACAAAUCUUUGAAUGAAGUUGAUGAAUCAAUCAAGUAUUGUGAAAUGGUUCUCCAUGUAAUUCCUGACAAUGUUGAAGCUAGAAUAUUAUUGAGUGAAAUUUAUAAGGAUAUUGGUGAUAUUCAAAAGGCUGUUGAUGUUCUUGAACAUUCUGGUAGUGAAAGAGCAAAGAAAGAUUUGGCCUCUCUCAGAAAAUCAUUUGACAAGUCUAGUAAUGGUAACGAUGAUGAUUACAACAGUGAUGAUGAUGAUAGUGAUAAAGAGGGAGACUAUUCAUCUGAUGAAGAUACAGAACAAGAGAAGGAUCCAGAUUUUAACCCUGAAGAUAUAGAACCAAGUGAUGAUGACAUUAAUUUACCUGACGAUAUGGAAGAUGAAAAAACUGAGGAACAAAAUAGAACUGAAAAAGUUAAAGAUAUUAGAAUUAUGGUUAAGAAAGCUUGGAUUUUACAUUCGACUGGACAACAUGAGGAAUUUAUCAAAACUGCUCUUCCAGUAGUUUUGAGUAUUCUUGAUCUUGAUCAGGAAAAUCCAGAAUGGAUGAAAGAAUUAGGAAAGAGGAAGAAACGUAUCAUUCUCAAUUAUGAUAUUGGUCUCAAGAGACAAAGAAAAAAGAUUGUUGAUGUAUCUAAGGAAGAUGGUUGGACAUGGACUGAAGCAUUAAGUGCUAUGGGAGAUUAUAAUCUUUAUACUUUUAUUGUUGCUCUGUGUAAAGUAUUGGCAUAUUGUCAACAGAAUGAGGAAUGUUUAAGAAUAUUAUCAGUUUUACUUUUAAAUUCAAGAUCCACAAGAAAAAAGUUUACAUUCAAAUCACAUGAAGAAAAACAAAGAAAGAGGCAACAUUUAAGAUAUUUAUAUGUUGCUGUUUCGUAUAAUAGUGGAUUUUACAAACGUGCCUAUAAUGCAAUUCGUCCAAUUAUUUCAGACAAACCAUACAGCAUACCAUUACUUAAUCUUUUCAAUAAGAUUACAACUAGAGUUGGUAAUAUUUUAGCAAAUCAUGGUUUCAUGUUAAGAUUAUUGGACAAACAUCCACAAUCAGUUCCAUUAAUGCUCCUGGUUGGUCAUAAUUGUGCUAUGAGUGGAAGUCACAAAUUAGCUAUUGGUGAAUAUUUUAGAGCUUAUAGAUUUAUGCCAAAUGAACCAAUAAUUAGUUUGUGUCUAGGAUUGAGUUAUCUCAAUUUAGUUAUGAAUAGAAGAACUGCUAAUAGAAAUCUUCAUGUCAUGCAAGCAUUCACAUUCCUGUAUAGAUAUUUUGAAUUACGAGAGGGAAAUCAAGAAGCUCACUUUAAUUUGGCUCGUGCAUAUCAUCAACUUCGUUUAUAUCAUUUAGCAACACCUUAUUAUAAGAAAGUACUUGAAUUAUCUGAUUCUGGUAAAAUUCAACCUGAUUCUGAUUUGAAGAGAGAAGCUGCUUAUAAUUUAUCAUUAAUUUAUAAGGAAUCGAGUAAUUAUUCACUUGUAGAAUAUUUAACUGAAAAGUAUUUGACAAUUUAAAUAAAUUUCAAUAAGAAUUGAUUGGAAAA